AUGGACAAUGAUGAUGACGAUGAUGGCAACUUCACAAAAUGGAUGAGUAGUUACUGGGGCCAUGGAGCAGAAUCUGGGCACUCCAGAGAAAGAAAACGCAGUUUCAGAAGACCUGCAAAAGGACAAGCUGAUCGAAGAGGAUCGCUUCCAACUGUGUCACAAUUAGAUGCCAUGAAGUUGAACCGGCUCCACGCAGCAGCGAUGGCACCCACCCCCAGCCACAUUAAAACAAGAGAGGAGAAAGGGGAAAUGAGGCCCCACCAGAGAGCUCGUCGUUCCUCCUCGGACGACAACAGCCGUCCCAAGUCGGCCAUCCCCGAGAACCGCAUCACCACAAUCCCAGAGCUCGCAGAGUCCUUUGAGAGGAGACUUUACCUCCGUGAUAAGAGGGCUGAUGAUGACAAGCUGUGCCUGAUCUGUCAUGAGGACAUGCGUAAGAAUGGAGGGACAGUUCAAGAGCUGCACUGUACACACCGCUUCCACAAAGAGGCGGCUCGGAGGUUAGACCAGUGUCGGCCCAGCAGCAGCAGCAGCGAAGCAGCCGAUUGUCGGGCGAAGAGACCCUCAGGUGGGAGGAGGAUGUCGGCAGAUGGACCCAUCUCCAUGGAGAAGGAGCAGCACUCACUCCGUCGUCAACUCUCCCUGCGGAGACAUCGCUGA